CAUUGGAGUUUGUAUAAAAAAGAAUAAAUACAUAUUUUUUGUUUUAUUUUCACAACACUGGUGUAAAAGAUAUUGUAUUAAAAUUUUAAGAAAUUAUUUGCUGCUGGUCAAACGAAUAUUUAAAAAGAAUAAAUUCAUGUUAAUAUUUCUUCCUUGGUAAAAUGAAAAGAAAACAAAGAACAUAGAAAUUUAAAUAAUUGAAAUAGAACGAAACAUAAUAAAAAUCAUGGUGCAAGUGUGUGUGCGAUAUUUAUGAAAAUUUUUCUGAGAAAAAUCCUUGAAAAUUAAGAAAAACUUCAUUGACACAAAGGAAUCAUUCUGUUCAUGCUUGAAAGACUUUUGAAGGCAGGAAUAAUGCCUCAAAGAACUUUUAAAAGAAAAAUUAAAUUUUAGAGUGAAAAUCAUCAACAGCAUAACACACACACACUUUAAAAUCGGAGCAGAAGAACAAGAAGAAGCUGAAAACAAUUGUGGAGAAGAAAGAACAAGAGACUUGAAGAAAAACUAAACCAUCCCCAACUCACACUCAAACACACACACAGGAUAAUGUAGGUCUUAGAAACGUAGUGCCAAUUCAACAAACAACCAAACGAAACGAAAAUUAUUCUAAAAUUUUUUUCAUCCUUCAGAGAAAAUCUAAUUCUCACAUCAAUGUCUCCUUCCUCUUUUUCAUAACAUUUUAAGAAUUUUUAUCAAAUUACGAAAAGUAUUAAAUCGCUUUGAGUACAUUUAUAAAACAAAAUAAGUAGUAAUAAAAACCAAAUAUAUUUUAACAACUGCCACAACAAUUUCCCCCCAUUACGAGUAAGUUAUUAAUAAAUGAAGUAUAUUUGCUAAACAUUGUAAAAGAAAUAUACAAACAGAACAACUCAAAAGGAACUAGCUAAUUUGUUAGAGCUUUUAGCUGUCGUUUCGUUUUCUUGCUUUCCCGCUAUGGGAAACUGCCUGAAAUGCUUCCAAUCAAGCACAGAGCAUACGUCGGCUACAUUGGGUAGUGGCGCUGCUACUGCAACUUCCUCAUCUGCACAAUCGGUCGGACAUACUACACAUCUUGUGGACGGUCGAUACACCGGUAUAUCGUUGAACAUAAAUGCCAAUGAAAAUCAUCAUCAGCAGCAGCAACAUCACCAACACAUACCACAUCAUCAAAUGCAUACAGCAAGAGGAGGUACUUUCUAUAAGGAAAGAUCUCAUGAAACUGACGAACUGCUCUCUACUAGAAGUCCACUCAAACCAGCAAACCAUUGUGAUACAAAACGUAGUAGUUUUAAGAAAUCAUUAGUACUGCUUAAUGGUAAUGCCGCAGCCAUGAGCGAAAUAAUAGCUACGGUUAAAGAAACCUCGGAAGUGUCCGAUAAUACUUUAAAUAAAUUAUUUGAAGAAUAUAAAGAACCCGACGAGGACAUGAUAUUAGCCGAGGGUAUUGAAAGAUUAUGUCGUGAUCUCAAUUAUCAACCAGAUGAAUUUGCCAUACUGGUGCUAGCCUGGUGCUUAGAUGCUUCGCAAAUGUGUCGUUUUACACGUACGGAGUUUAUAGAAGGACUACAUAAAAUGAGAGCUGAUACAAUUGAAACAAUACAUAUAAGACUGGAGCAGACAAUCGAAACGCUAAAAGUAGAUGCGGAAUUGUUUAAACAAUUAUAUCGAUUUACUUUUAGAUUCGGUUUGGAGCCAGAUCAACGUAUUCUAUCAUUAGAUAUGGCCAUUUCAUUAUGGAAAUUAGUUUUCACCGUACAUACACCAGAUUUACUAAGUAAAUGGAUACAUUUCUUAGAGCAACAUCCUAGUAUAAGAGGCAUUCCAAAGGAUACAUGGAAUAUGUUUUUAAAUUUUUCCGAACAGUGUGAUAUCAAUAACUACGAUGAUACCGAAGCUUGGCCCAGUCUAUUCGACGAUUUCGUUGAUUAUGAAAAAUCACGUUUAGAAACGGGCGCUACAGACACGCUAGCAGCCACUACACUAACACACGAUGAUGAUAAUAACAAUGAUGAUCCUCUACAGCAGAAACAAACUCAUGAUAAUACAAGCUCAAUGAAUGUAUUAUAGUAUUAAGAAAACAUUUUCAUUUUAA